CGGAAACAUCAUUCCCCCCUCUCUCCGGUCAUGCCCACCGUGUUGUAAUAUUUCAGCCUUUGGAGUUUGACCGCGCUGUCUGUCUAUAAAGACACAUUUUUGUAGCGUCUAAACACACUCGGUCCUUGAUGAAGUAGUAGCGAUAUGAGUAUGUUUGCUUCUCUGUGACACACGCCUUGCAGAAUGGAGAACUCAGAGACCAGUCCAUCACCAGGGUCCCUGGCAGUGCCGGACAGAGGCAUGGCUCGACCCUCAGCGCCCCUCAGUCAGCUGUCCGAGUCAGCCAGGCCCUCGAAGCACCGGGAGCACCCGUCCAAGUCACCAAGGAGACGGAGGAAGGGGACGAGGUCGCAGCGACGGGGGGAUGGUCAUGAACAGCUGCUCUGGGAGGUCGAGCGGCGGAGGUUGCCAGGCCAACAUGAGCACUUGGAGCUCUCUGGGUCGGCGAGCGACACAGCAGAAAGCUCUCCUAAGAGGAGAGCACACUUUCUACAUGGACCGUAUCCUGCCACUCACUUCGGACCCAAAGCCUGUAUUCUUCCCAACCCAACUUCAGUCAUGCACAUCCAGGAUCCAGCCAGCCAGCGGCUCACCUGGAAUAAACCACCUGUCAACGUGCUCGUCAUCAGGAAGAUUAGAGAUGAGAGCCUCGUCGAGCCUUUCAAAGAGCUCUGCAGGUUUCUAGUGGAGGAGAAACAGAUGAUGGUGUACGUGGAGCGCAGGGUCGCAGAUGAUGCUACACUGUCAAAGGACGAGACAUUCGGCUCCAUCCGCAAUCAGCUCUGCACCUUCAGGGAGGGUUAUGAUGAUAUCUCUGACUGCAUAGACCUGAUCAUCUGUCUGGGUGGAGAUGGGACUCUGCUCUAUGCCUCCUCUCUCUUCCAGGGAAGCGUCCCUCCAGUCAUGGCGUUUCACCUCGGCUCUCUUGGUUUCCUGACGCCCUUCAAAUUUGAGUCAUACAAGACUGAAGUGGCCAAAGUGUUUGAAGGCAAUGCAGCCAUCACUCUGCGCAGUCGUCUAAAGGUGAAGGUGGUGAAGGACAUGCUUCAGAGAACAGGCCAGCAACCGUACAGCCGAGAGCCUCAGCAGCAGCAGCAGCCGCAGCCGCCGCAGCAACAGGAACACAACGGACUCCUUCCUCACGGACACACCAACAGCGAGGCUGGCAAGGUCACCCUGCAGCUACAGGUACUGAAUGAGGUUGUGGUGGACCGAGGCCCUUCCUCCUACCUGUCCAACGUGGACUUGUACCUCGAUGGGCGGCUCAUCACCUCAGUGCAGGGAGAUGGUGUGAUUGUAUCCACACCUACAGGCAGCACAGCAUACGCAGCCGCAGCAGGAGCCUCCAUGAUCCACCCCAACGUACCCGCCAUCAUGGUCACCCCCAUCUGUCCACACUCACUCUCCUUCAGGCCUAUCGUCGUCCCUGCUGGCGUGGAGCUCAUGAUCACUUUGUCCCCUGAUGCCAGGAACACAGCCUGGGUGUCGUUUGAUGGCAGGAAGAGGCAGGAGAUCCAGCAUGGGGACUGCAUCAAGAUCACUACGUCUUGUUACCCAGUGCCCUCUAUCUGCUGCCACGACCUGGUGUACGACUGGUUUGAAAGCCUGGCUCAAUGUUUGCACUGGAACGUACGCAAGAGGCAGGCGCGACUGGCGGAUGUCUCAGACUCAUCGGACACAGAGAACUGAAUUGGAGGGUGCUCUUUUUGAUCUACGUUAAAGUGGAUGCUCUCCACAGCAGCUGAGCGAGUGACGGUGACAGGGAUCAGUUUUUCUGAGACCCUGCAAACAUUUUCAUUACAGAAACAGAACUAUGAAAGUGAGAGCACGUGUCUGUGCAGCCAGAUUAGUGUUACAUCAGUCCAAUGAAUAGCAUGUUUAAUGAGCAUACUGUGUUUACAGUAUUUAAUUCAUUUGAGAAAGCAUCUCACGACAUUCCAGUUAAAAAGCAAUCUGUAAUUCUAUCUGUAGUUGAUUGGGAGAAAGCAUGUUUCUCACCUAGGAAAAAACAACUGCAGUUACUGAAAUGAUCGCAGUUUAUUAAUAUUAUGAAUUAAUAAUCUGUUGUUUAGGAGAUGGCGUACUUAAUCAUCAAUAUGAUGAUACAGUGUGUAAGCUUUAGACGUUACUGGCACAAACUUUGUGGAUUAUAGGUAGAGAAACACUGAUACAGUAAGAAACAAUGACCUUAAAUGUAAAUUUGUACAUAUAGGAUUCUGUGAUAAAUGUAUUUAAUGUCAUAUUUAUGUGAUAUUUAUAUAGAAAAAACUUUGAAUUUCUAUUUCUGAGUCAGCCAAAGACUACUGUGUGUGAUUGUUCUGUACAAACAUAUUGUACGAUCCAAAGCCUACUUUGUGUACAUCUUAACAUUCGCUGUAGAGGAGUUUUUUCAUCUAUUUUUGUUUUGUCAAUUGCUUUCUCAACUUUUCUGGCCAAGUUAAAUUCUACACGUCAGAUUGCAUGUUGUAGAACAUAACAUGGUAGGUCUUGUUGUUUUCAUGAUCACUGAAGUCAACGUGAAAGGAAGUAGUGCUAAAAUAAAGUUUCAACACUCACUGAC